AUGUAUUGUUUUAUCGUAGCGCUAGUGCUGUUGGCAUAUAUUUUCUUCGAUGUUAACUAUUUUAUUCGUGUUGGUUUCACAAUUUUGUUUGGAAGACUGUUCCAAAAGAAAUGCGGUGUUAAUGACUUCACAACAAUUUACGGAAUAUGCACCACCCAAGAUGUCGACAUUUUCUUGCGUCACAUGAAUAAUGCUCGUUACGUGAGAGAUUUGGACUUCGCCAGGUUCCAUUUCUAUGACAGGUCUGGCAUCUAUAAGAACAUCAAGGCAGUAGAUGGACAUGUUCUCCAGGGAGCAUCCAGUAUACGAUACCGUAGAACUAUUCCCAUAUUUAAUGCAUACAAAGUGGAGACACGGUUGGUGUAUUGGGAAGACAAAUCUCUGUUCAUAGAACAAAAGUUCAUUACUUUGCAUGACGGUUUCGUCCGUGCUAUAGUACUAUCCCGUCAGAACCUCGUUAACAUUGACGCUGAUGCACUUCUCAAGAAUAUUCCGGGAGUCGAGAAAAAACCCGAAUGCCCCGAAGAGAUCAAACACUGGCUGCAGGCAAUCGAGAUAUCUAGCGCGAGACUGCGUAAGAAGGAUUAA